UGCAAUUAAACUUCAUGGUUGGGCUGGAGCCCCAUGAUAGCAAUGGGAAAAUAACUGUCCGUGGGACACAUGGGCUGAUGGGAGCUUAUGUCAACUGUCAAAACAGUAACUGACCUUAUAGUGGGAUCAGACCUGGGCUGAGCAUCACAUUGCCAUCCUCCUCCCUGAAAGCAAGAAGCAUUCGUGUGCUGGACCCAGGCUGCAAGCAGAGCUGUUCCCGGAGCAUCUUUUUCUGGUGUCCAGGAUUCUGCCCUGCCCUUCCACUUCCUCCUGGUGACCUUUUGGGGCAUCUCGUGUUACUGGAGCAGACGAACCAUUGAUCGCACGGAGGACGUUUGGCACUUCCCACUCCCUGAGCAUGGCUCAGUCCUUCAGGAUGAAUACCUGAAGCUGGGAGGGGACGGAACUUGGCCAUGCAUGGGUCAGGAAAGGCUCAGGGAAGGGCCCAGGUGGAGAGUGUGGACCCCCUGUGCCAUGGCUUCAUCCCAGCUGCCCCCCUGCCCCACAGUAGGUACUGUCCUUGCUUCGCAGCCCCCCAGCGAGCUUCCCCCUGGUGAGGAGGACCUGGGUGAAGCCUUUGACUUCGAGGACAGUGACGAGGAGGAGGACGAAGAUUCAGCCACUGAGCCAAGCAGGGGUGCAGUGCUUCAGGCCCCUCCUCGCAGGCACCGUGCCACCAGCUGCAGCACUGAGGGGCUGGUGCCGGACACCCAGGAAGGGCUGCCAGAGCGGGUGAGCAAUGGGGAAGCCUGUGAGGAUCCCCAUGACAUCAAAACCCAGACCUGGAAGAGGAAAAGCGGCCACCAGGGUGAUCGCUUUGAGUUCACGGCGGCAGAGGACGAUGUGAUUUAUGACGACGUCGCCUGUGAGAACCUCGACGCCAACCAGGAUGGGCGCAGCCUGAUCUACGAGGACGUGCAGCGUGGCGAGGAGCUGGGCUGGAGCUCCAGCGAGUUUGAGAGCUACAGCGAGGAGUCGGGUGAGGAGAGCAAGCCAGAGGCUGAGCCAGCCAAGCACCGGGCCGCCUUCCAGCCCAAGAUGACUCAACUGAUGAAGGCGGCCAAAAGUGGCACCAAGGAUGGGCUGGAGAAGACCAAGAUCGCAGUGAUGAGGAAGGUGACCUUCCUGCACCGUAAGGAAGUGCCAGGGGAUGGGGAGCAUAGGAGAAGGGUGAAGGAGGCAGAAAAGCUACUACCACCCACUCCUGGCAUCUCAAGGGGGUCACUGGAGCAUUGCGGACGAGGAGAUUCAGAGGAGGAGGACACAGGUUUCCUGGAGGUCACCGUCUCCGACAUGAAGCACCCACCGCCCGAACUUGGCCCCAUGCCCACAGGGCUCAGCCCCCAGCAGGUGGUGCGGCGACACAUCCUGAGCUCCAUCGUGCAGAGUGAGCGCAGCUAUGUGGAAUCCCUGAAGCGCAUCCUGCAGGAUUACAGGAACCCGCUGAUGGAGAUGGAGCCCAAAGUGCUGAGCGCCAGGAAAUGCCAGGUGGUGUUUUUCCGCCUGAAGGAGAUUCUGCAGUGCCACUCCAUGUUCCAGAUCGCCCUCUCCUCCCGCGUGGCUGAGUGGGACUCUGCUGAGAAGAUUGGGGACCUCUUUGUGGCCUCGUUCUCCAAGUCAAUGGUGCUGGAUGUCUACAGUGACUAUGUCAACAACUUCACCACUGCCAUGUCCCUUAUCAAGAAGGCUUGUCUCACCAAACCUGCCUUCCUCGACUUCCUUAAGAAGCGGCAGAUGGCCAGCACCGAUCGCGUGACGCUUUAUGGGCUGAUGGUGAAACCUAUCCAGAGGUUCCCCCAGUUCAUCCUUCUCCUACAGGACAUGCUGAAGAACACCCCCAAGGGCCAUGCGGACCGCCUGUCCCUCCAGCUGGCUCUCACUGAGCUGGAGACAUUGGCUGAGAAGCUCAAUGAGCAGAAACGUGUGGCUGACCAGGUGGCUGAGAUCCAGCAGCUCAGCAAAAGCAUCAGUGACCGCAGCAGCCUCAGUAAGCUGCUGAACUCAGGGCAGCGGCAGCUCCUGCUCUGUGAGACGCUGACAGAGACGGUGUACGGCGACCGGGGGCAGCUCAUCAAGUCCAAGGAGCGGAAGGUUUUCCUCCUCAAUGACAUGUUGGUCUGUGCCAACAUCAACUUCAGGCCAGUGAACCCAAGAGGCCAGCUGGAAAUUAGCAGCCUGGUGCCACUGGGCCCCAAAUAUGUGGUGAAGUGGAGCACGGCCCUCCCGCAGGUGCAGGUGGUGGAAGUGGGGCAGGAGAGCGGUGCCUACGACAAGGACAAUGUGGUCAUCCACAACGCUGGUGCCAAGAAGCACGCACCCACUGGGCCGGCCUCGCACAAUAAAGUCUACCUGGGGCCACCGCGGCUUUUCCAGGAGCUGCAGGACCUACAGAAGGACCUGGCAGUGGUGGAACAGAUCACCUUGCUCAUCAGCACGCUGCAUGGCACCUACCAGAACCUGAACAUGACAGUGGCCCAAGACUGGUGCUUGGCCCUGCAGAGGAUGAUGAAGGUGAAGGAGGAAGAGAUCCACUCUGCCAACAAGUGCCGCCUCCGUCUCCUGCUGCCUGGCAAGCCGGACAAGUCUGGCCGCCCCAUCAGUGUCAUGGUGGUCUUCAUCACUCCAAAUCCUCUGAGCAAGAUCUCCUGGGUCAAUUGCCUUCACCUGGCCAAGAUUGGGCUGCGGGAGGAGAACCAGCCGGGCUGGCUCUGUCCCGAUGAAGACAAGAAGAGCAAAGCUCCCUUCUGGUGCCCCAUUCUUUCCUGCCACAUGCCUGUCUUUUCCUCCAAAGCCCUCGAUCUGCAGCUCAGCGCUGCAGUGCACAACCCUGUGCAAUCCUCGCUGUUGGGUUUCUCUGCUGUCAGCACCUCAUUGCCGCAGGGCUACCUCUGGGUUGGGGGUGGCCAGGCAGGUGCAGGGGGACAAGUGGAGAUCUUCUCCCUCAAUCGCUCAGUGCCGCGGACGGUAAAAUCCUUCCCAGUGGCAUCGCCAGUGCUGUGUAUGGAGUACAUCCCCGAGGCAGCUGAGGGGGACACGGAAGGGACCGAAGAGCCCCGGGCAGGUGCUGAGCAGCCCCCUGCAACUCUGCAUCCCACUGUUUGCUUGGGACUGCGGGACGGCAGCAUCGCAGUGUACAGCAGCGUGGACACGGGGACACAGUGCCUGCUGACCUGCAAGAGCCCUGGCAUGCAGCCAGUCCUCUGCCUGAAGCACAGCUCUGAGCACCUGUUUGCAGGGCUGCAGGAUGGGACAGUGGCCGCAUACCCGAGGAACAAUGUGGGGCUGUGGGACCUGACUGAGCAGCCUACCUGCCUGCCUGUGGGCACCAGCCCUGUGCGAGCGCUCUUGAUGCUGGAUGAGACCCUAUGGGCCAGCUGUGCCAACCAGGUCACCGUCCUUGAUGCCUCCACCCUCUGUGCUCAGCAAACCUUUGAGGCUCAUCCGGAUACAGAGGCCAGCGUGACACACAUGAUCAAGGCAGGCAGUGGUGUCUGGAUGGCGUUUUCCUCUGGUUCCUCUAUUCGCCUCUUCCACACCGAGACACUGGAGCACCUGCAGGAGAUCAACAUUGCCACCAGGACUACCUUUGUCCUCCCAGGGCAAAGACAUGUCUGUGUCACCAGCCUGCUCAUCUGUCAGGGCUUGCUGUGGGUCGGCACCGACCAGGGCAUCAUUGUUCUGCUGCCUGUGCCCCGAUUGGAGGGCAUCCCCAAAAUCACUGGAAAAGGCAUGGUGUCCCUCAAUGGGCACGGUGGCCCCGUGGACUUCUUGGCCGUGGCACUGAGCACGUUGGCCCCCGAUGUGCUGAAAGGAGACCAAGAGGAAGAAGAAGGUGGGGAAGAGAAACCCCCAGAGCUGGAUGGACCCCCACCGCGGGAAAUGAGGAAAAAAGGGAUCCUGUUGCAGUACCGCCUCCGUUCCACCUCCCACCUCCCUGGGCAGCUGCUGUCAGUGCGGGAUGCUCCGGCUGGGACUGUGACCCCAGAGCACACGGAAGAAGAUGGCUCCAUCUACGAGAUGGCCGAUGACCCCGAUGUGUGGGUCCGGAGCCGGCCCUGUGCCCGCGAUGCUCCCCGCAAGGAGAUCUCCUCUAUCGCCAUCAUUUCAGGGGGCAGAGGGUACCGUAACUUCAACUCUGAGCCGCAGCGCCGGGGCGGUGAUGCUGACAGCACCCUGCUCAUCUGGCAGCUCCCGCUGAUGCUAUAGCAGCCGGGGGAUGCCCGCGCGGCGCCUACCUCAAAGCCACCCUACACGCUGCCGUGGGGCGGUCACAUUGGUGAGUGCACCACCCCAUUAUUUUUUUUUUGAAAGGAGAAAUGAGGAAAAAAAUAAGGAAAGGAAAAUCACCAUAAAAAUUGUCAUUUUUGACUCCCCUCCCUCCCCCCAGAAAACACCCCAGUUUGCAUGCUGGGAGAGGGGAGUUUUUAAACAUGGUAAGCAAUGACCUCCUUGCGGGCUUUGGAGGCGCUGGGGCUGUGCUUGAAGGCAUUUGUGUGUCUGCGUGUGGAUAUCUAUAAAUAUAUAUAUAAAUAAGGUGUAUAUUAUGAGCUGUAUAAAGAAGGAAUCUGUAUAUAUUGGGGCACUUGGAGAUGCAGAAAUAAAGAAGAGGUGUGAGCACUCAUUGGAUACUGGCUGUGCUGAAACGGGGUUUUGCUGAAAUAGCCCUUUUUUGACUAUGAAGUGAGGAUUUGGGGUUACAUAAUGCAGUGUUUUGGGAGCUGGUUUGGGGACUUCCAAUUGGAGCAUAAGAGCUGUUUCUGGAGGACAGGAAAUUUUGGGUGAAAUUCAGCCUGGAAAUAAAUCCCAUAGGAAUCA